AUGUACGCCGCUCAGAAUAUAACGCCAACAGUUUUGGAUGCCAUGAACGGAAAUGUUUCCGAAUGGUAUAACGAAUGCGACAAUGCCAUUAGAAGGUCAGAAAUAGUUCCUGGAACUUACGAAUAUACAACUGCUGUUUCUUAUGGAAAUGUAGGUGAGUUUGGUGAAGGUUCUUCAACAACAGUAGAUAUUGCUUGCGACAGGUUUCAUAUUAUUUCUAUUGACAACUCAUUCUUAUACGUGGAACAAGACAUUGAAAUAAAACCUUCUGCCAAGUUGUCUGACAAGAAAGGUUGCAAUGGAAUUUUCUAUGUCGGAUACCAAUAUGCUCCAGAAGUUUUCAUGGGAUAUAAGAUAUAUUCUAACUCUGACUUAGUUCAAACAGUAACAUGGGCAAACUAUGAAUGGUUCGCUUUGAGAAACUCAGUACAACCACAAGCUAGAGAACAAACAGACCAGUAUGCAACUAUUGAGAAAAUAAGAAGACUUGACCCUAACGUUCCAGGAGUUUAUGUUAACCUUUCUGGUUCAGAUGGAAAUGCUGUCACUAAAGUAAAACUGAAACUUAGAGUUCCUU